AGGACCAAGGUCAUGAUCAGCUGGUCCAAUGUGACGGCGUCAGGCCACGAGGAGCUGGGCCUGAAACCUGAGGAGCUGCAGAAGUCCAAAUGUGUCCUGGGCUUCAUUCCAGUCAUCUACUACAGUAUCCUGCUCUGUGUGGGAGUACCAGUGAAUGUUCUGACAGCAGUGGCCUUGUCCCGGCUGGCGUCCCGCACCAAGAAGACUCUGUACUUCUACCUCCUGGCUGUGACGGGCUCAGAUAUCCUCUCUCAGCUCUUCAUCAUCUUCGUUGGCUUCCUGCUGGAGACGGCGGUCUUCCACCGCGACGUCCCCAUGCCCCUGCUGCACGCCGUCAGCGCCGCAGAGUUUGCUGCCAACCAUGCUUCCAUCUGGUCCACGGUCCCCCUCACCGUGGACCGGUACAUGGCGCUGUGCCACCCCCUGCUCCACCGACAGAUCAACUACCCUGCUCGAGCCAGGAAGAUCAUCGCGGUAGUGCUGAUUUUGUCGCUCGCGUCGGGCGUGCCCUUCUUUUGGUGGUCAGACAUGUGGAGGAACAGCCACCCCCCCACGGCGCUGGACACCGUCCUCAUCUGGACGCAUGUGACUCUCAUCUACUUCAUGCCCUGCAGCAUCUUCUUGGUGCUGAACUCGCUAAUCAUCCACACCCUGAGGCAGAGGCAGCAGCCCUGCCAGGAGGAGCGAGGACCCCCACGAAGACUUGGGAAAACCACAGCCAUGCUACUGGCCCUGACCUCGGUCUUCUCCGUCCUGUGGGCCCCCAGAACCGUGGUGGUGAUCUACCACCUGUACGUGUCCUCAGUGCACAGAGACUGGCGCGUCCACCUGGCCUACGAUCUGUCCAACAUGCUGGCCAUGCUCAACACCGCCGUCAACUUCUUCUUGUACUGCUUCGUCAGCAGGCCGUUCCGCGGCGCAGUGCGGGACAUCAUGCUGCUCCGAGGAGGGCCUCUGGACCCCCGCCGGGCCCUGCCUCCACACCAGGCCCCUAACAAUGCCUCCAUCUCCUCUCUGUACAGUGGGAACAACAAGCGCUCGCAGCGAGACUCCGCCCCCUCGUCACCUCGCAGGACCAGAAAGCCCUCGUGA